UUUUUAUACUGACAAGGAAGUCAUGAUGCUGUCGUUCUUAAAACCGGUUUUGAGAACUCAGCGAUUUUAAAGCACUCUUGACAGAAGAGUCAAACUUCCUUUCGCACCGAAUUACUCGACGAAUGACUAAGCCAACAAACGGAUGCGUAAGUGUUUUUAAAGGCCUUCAAAUAGAGAGAGACUCAUAUGUCACCAACUUAUGGGCUGCUGUCCCAUUGAUUGAGAUGCAAGUCAUCCGCGUAACUCAGAUGGAGUCUUCAUCAGUCACUCAUCUCCAAAGAUCUCUCAUUUUGUCGAAUUAGGCGUGUCUUUACUUAGGCUUUAUUUUAAUACCAGUCAGAUCAAUUUUUGCGCUAUGUCUAACUCCUGCAGGACAUCAGAAGUAAGUAUUGAUGAACACCAAAUCAAUGGAUGCUGUAACGUAAACUCUGAUUGGACAAUUCAAGAUAAAGACCCGACUGAAUCGAUCCCGAGAAGAACUGCCAAAAAAAUAAUCCUUCACUUUGAUCUCAACAACACAAUCCUUGUAUCUGAUGCAGUCACAAGACAAGGAACAGUUGCUGCUCUUGAAUACUUCCUCUCCACUGUCACUUGGGGACGCAUGACAAAAGGUAAAUGGGAGUGGCUCUUUGAUUCACCAUCUCUACUCCAGCCUUGUGAGGGUGCUGUAACAUACUACUCUCAGUUUGGCCGAGUGGCAAGCUUCACCACCGUAGGUCCAGGUCGACUGUUCCGGAACGUCCUGAAGGAACACCUGGAGCUGCUCCAAUGGCCGUCUGACUUGCCUGAAGAUAAGGAGCUAUCUGUUAAAGGAGAAGAUGGGAAGCUGUACCAUUGGAUCUUACCGUCCUUCUUCCAGAUGCUGCAAGACUUGAGCUCACAGGGUGUGGAGUUCUCCAUCAUCUUCCGUACCUUUGGCACAGAUCUUCCCCGUGUUCUGACUGCUGUCCAACAUGCUGUUCAGCAUGGGUCACAUCCACUCUUUCCCGACCUCCCAUCUCUGAAGGAAUGUCUCCUCUCACAGUUGAGGGUGAAUCUAACUGCCGGACGGAUCAGGUGCAGCAGUAAAGGUGCAGUUCUGACUUGUGGUGAGGAGCGCAUAUCCACACGGGAUGGAGUACGGUGUCUGUAUCAGUACAUGAGCUCUGUUGAGGGUCUGGGUGGCUUCCAAGACCAUUUUGACUGGUGGGCAAGGAACAAUUACUCCAUUUUGGGAGGUAAACCACUCUGGAUUGACCCUUUUGAUUCCAGUGUUCAGCAUAUCUUCAUUGACGACAACAUCCGGCAAAACGAUGAGGACACUAUCGUCCAUCCUAAGGUGUUUUUGGACCCCGAGGGCUUACAGACCCGAACAGCCUCCACAUCAGAGCUGUAUGAUCUGUGUCUGAUACAGAAUGACCUGCUGAAGGCCAUUUCUGACCCAGGCUAUUUCACCCAACGCAUACAGAUGUGCAUGGAGAACUAUGAGGGGAACAUCCAACAGGGAUAGCUAGAUUCAUUUAUGCUCAAACAGGGAAGCACAUAUACAUGAGAGUAGAGAAAGAUUGAUUUCUUUAAAGAAAGAUCUUAGGAAUUCAUCAUCAUUCAUAAAUGCAAUCUGACAGGAUUUGGUUGUACUCUAUGUAGAAAACAACAUCAUGCUUAGAUCAUGAUCACUUUUAUCUAAUGAAGGAUGGUAAAAUCUAUAUGUCUAUAGAUAUAUAUAUUUUACUUUAAUUAAUUAAUUGCAUUCAUAGUUUUGGGUUAUCCCUGAAGUGAUGUAAAUCACCUGGACAGCCCCAUUUUGUCUUGACCAUAGCGUUUCAGUUCUACAGGUGUGUGAAAAGACAGAUUGAAUGUUAAAGGGGAAUAGAGAGAGGCUUCUCUGACCCUGUUUGUAACGGGGUGUGUCCUGAGAUCAUAAAAAAGCAUAUUCCAUAGUUUAUUUAGAUGACUUAUUUUAAGCAUGAACAGUGGCAGCCGCUCCAUUUGGGCACAUGACCAAACGCAGGAAGAUUGUUCACGUGGAGAUGUCCUACCAUCACCAGUAUUCUCAGGGUUUAUUUACAUUCAGUUUUGUGAACAUUAGGAGUAUUUUUUAGGGUAAUUUUUAUUUUUAUGCAUUUUAACAAAAUGAGUUGAAUGUUGAGAAUAUUGGAUAUUGAGACAUAUACAUUUUUAUUUGUGAAGGAGAGUUAAUUGUUGUUGUGCUUCCAUUGUAUUUAAAAAAAAAAUAAUAAUAUUUUGAUCUGUUCUAACAUUCAGUUUGAAGAUGUGUAGCUUCGACUAACAAAAGUUUUUAACAUUUUCAAUUGGUGGUUUGAGUUGCUCAAGCACUUUUACAUGUUACAUUCUCUUUUUUGUUGAUAAAAUGCACUGCCAUUUUGCAAUUGUUCAUUAUCAUUAUAUCAAAUAGGAAUUGCAGGACAAAAAAUGCAGUUUUACGCUAAAGUAUCUGCAUGGUAGCCUAAGAGACUCAACAGCAACUUCUAAUGAUGUUAAUUUAUUCCAACAACAAUUUUUGCUUUUAGAAUGUGGAAUAUAAUAGAAUUGAAAAACAUUAUUGUUAGAGUUUUGUUACCAUCACUAAAAAUGUGACUAGAGUAAUCUUUGCACUGCAAAGAUGGCACAGAAGCUACAUCUGAAGUGGCAUUUAGUUUAAUGCUGCUCAGAGCAGGCAUAAAUGCAUUUACACAGCACUUACAAAUGCAUAAAUCAUGUUAUGAGAUUAAUAUUUCAAAAAUAAAAUUAUGAAUAUAGAAAUAUUAAAUGAAUGAAAAUAUAAAGUUACACUUUUAAAUAUGAAACUAAAUUAAGAAAAAUGUGUUCUAUCAUGACAACAAAAAGUUUAAGGUUGCUCUGAUGCUGCAUGUUCUUUACACAGAACCAAAGCAGCAUCAGAACUGCAUUUGAUACAAGGGGCUGAGGUGCAGAGCAGGCUUAUAGUCUGGCUUUUGUGUCUUUACACAUAGUUUUGAGCAGGCUCAGAGCAGGCUUAACUCGUAUAUGUAAAGACACCUUAGUUCACUUUCAAGAUGCUACUGAGUUUUCUUACUGCUUUUAUGUGUUUAAAAUUAUGAUAUAAUGUAUUAUUUAUUAUAUUUGGAAAUCAAUUUUGUGUGUAUGGUUUAUUUUGGGUAGUGGUUUUCUUUCAGGGUAACACUACAGGAAUAAACUAUUUAAAUUUUAA